AUGUCCACCCACACUCACAAACCUUGCACCGAAGCUCUUCCCGUCAUUCGUUUGGCAGCUCACGUUACGCCACAGUCGUUGGCUCAAGCGCUUUUGCACGCCUGUACUACCGAUGGUUUCUUCUAUCUCGCCGAUCAUGGUAUUCCUCAAGCGCUCAUCGAAGAAGUAUUCGCUAUUUCCCGUGACUACUUUUUAACCGCUGGUCCCGAGCAGAAACUCAAGGGUAACGGCGAUCUAGGUUAUACGGCCGUGAGGCAAGAAAGUCUUGAUUCGGUUAUGCCCGGUAAUGGGGAUGUCAAAGAAAGUUAUUAUUACGGUGAUGAUCGUUGGUUCGUGCGUAAGGGUGUAACUCAAUUCGUACCUCCCUUCUUGGCCCAAACGACUCGACGUGAAAAGCUCGACUCUUUCGUUGAUCGUAAUACCAUGGUGGCGCAGAUUAUCCUUCGGGGUCUCGCACUAGCUUUAGGACUGGAAGAAGAUUAUCUCGCUAAAGCUCAUACCGGCGAACAUUCACGUUUACGGUUAUUACAUUAUCCAGAACAUUCGUACCGUGGCGUCGAUCACCUAGACAUCCGCGCUGGUGCUCAUACAGAUUACGGAACUAUCACUCUCCUACACCAAGACCGCGUGAGCGGAUUACAAGUUAUCAAAGAUGGUGUCUGGACCGACGUUCCUCCUCGUCCAGGAUGUGUGGUGGUGAACAUUGGUGAUGCUCUUGAAUUCUGGUCUGGGGGCAAGUUCAGGUCCACGAGACACAGAGUUGUCAUGCCCCGCAAUUCCAUCGAGGCACAAUCCCGGUUUUCUAUGGCAUUCUUUUACCAUCCGGACGACGAUACCCUCCUCCGACCACUCGGUCCCUCCCAACUCUUACUUGACUCGGACAAGAAGGCAUCUGAUGAGUUCGAAGAGAUAAUCCGUCGGAAAGGUUUACCACCUGGAACUAGGGAUCUCACCGGUGGGGAGUAUCUUAGAAUCAGGAUUGAGGCUACUUAUGGAACGAGGAGUUGAGGAUUUACCCGUAAAAUCAUUCAUGUUAUUGAUAAUCAUCCCACUAUGUCUUAAGCUGUUUUAAUCUACCAGAUCGAAAUACAGUGUGUAUUCCAGUCAUCCCAUAAUUGAAAUCGAGAUGGAUAUACUUGGGAAUAUGUCAAAUAGAGAGAUAGAACGGGAGGUCCCAGUUGUCGAUUUUGUCAGUUGAGGGAAGUAGUAGCAACGGAUCGAGGAAGGUGGAAGGAUGGAUGCAAUGUGUAUCAGGAUUAGGUGGGAACAUGAUGAUAGACGUGACGCUCUGACAAACGUCAACGACACAUCACAGAUGAUACUAAACAAUGAUAUGUAUGCAAAUGUCUAUGUAUG